AUGCGCUUCUCAUCGGGGUGGGGCUUCCGGCCGCCUCCUCGUGGUGCCCAUUUUAAUUGCUCUGGAUUUGUUCUAGUUCCGGGGCGCUCCGUGGGGGCUGAGAUGACUGAACUAAGGAGGUCCGAGUGGAGGUGUCCCCGUUGCACAGAGGCGGGUCUGAGGUUCGGCGACACCGCCCGGGGUGUCCCGCGUCAGACCCUGAAUAGGGCCAGCCGUGGCUGGGUCCCCUCUGUUCUCCCGUCGCUACUGGCCCAGCUCCACCCACAGAGUCCGAUGGUGGUGGCGGCGCUAAGGGACCCGCCUCAGGGCAGUGUGACUUUGGACGAUGUGGCCGUGUACUUCUCCUGGGAGCAAUGGAGUCUCCUUGAUGAGGCUCAGAGACACCUGUACCAUGAUGUGAUGCUGGAGAUCUUUACACUUAUAUCCUCACUGGGUUGUUUGUGUGGCAUAGAGAAUGACAAGGCUCCUUCAGGACAGAGUGUUUCUCAGGAAAGAAUGCCACAAAUCAGGACUCUAAAGCCAGAUCAGUCAACCCAGAAAGCUCAUCUCUGUGAGAUGUGUGUUCCUGUCAUGAAGGACGUUUUGUACCUGGCUGAGCAUCAAGGAACAUAUACUGGGCAGAAAUCGUGUACAUGGGUAGCAUGUGGGGAACAACUCUGUUUCAGGGCAAAUCUUCACCAACACCAGAAGGAGCACAGUAGGGAAAAACCCUGCAGCAAGGGUAUGAACAGGACCUCCUUUGUGAAGAGCUGUGGAAUCUAUUUGUCAGGGAAGCCUUUCACCUGUGAGGAGGGUGGAAAGGACACUGUGGGCCCGUUCCAGUACCAGGCCACUCCCAAAGCGGUACUGAAUAUACAUAGCAGUACUGGCGGUGAGGAGGCCUUUCACUGUGGAAAAAGUCCUUACAAGUGUGGUGAAUGUGGGAAAGCCUUCCGCCGCAAACAUACACUGGUUCAGCACGAAAGAAUUCACUCUGGAGGACUGUAUGAGUGCAGUGAAUGUGGGAAAACCUUCACUUACAAGCACACAUUUCUUCGGCACAAGACACUUCAUACUGGAGAAAGGCCUUUUGAAUGCAGUGAAUGUGGGAAGGCCUUCAGGUUCAAAUAUAAACUUGUUCAGCACCAGCGUAUUCACACUGGAGAAAGGCAUUAUGAGUGUGCCGAAUGUGGGAAAGCUUUUGGGUGCAAAUCCAAACUUGUUCGGCACCAGAGAAUUCACACUGGAGCAAGGCCUUAUGAGUGUACUGAAUGUGGCAGAUUCUUUAGACAAAGUUCCAUCCUUGUUCAGCACCAGAGAGUUCACACAGGAGCAAGGCCUUAUGAAUGUGGUGAAUGUGAGAAAUCUUUUAGCCAAAGCUCCAGCCUCAUUCAGCACUGCAGAAUUCACACUGGAGAAGGGCCGUAUGAAUGCAGUGAAUGUGGGAAAUCCUUUAGACAAAGUUCCAUCCUUGUUCAGCACCAGAGAGUUCACACAGGAGCAAGGCCUUAUGAAUGUGGUGAAUGUGAGAAAUCUUUUAGCCAAAACUCCAGCCUCAUUCAGCACCGCAGAAUUCACACUGGAGAAAGGCCGUAUGAAUGCAGUGAAUGUGGGAAAUCCUUUAGCCAAAGCUCCAGCCUCAUUCAGCACCAUAAACUUCACACUAGAUAAAGGCCUCAAGAGUACAGCCAACAUGAGAAAGCCUUCAGUUAACAGUCUGCUCUGAUUCAACACCAAAAUCUCACAACUCAGAUCUAA